UUGUGGGCGUGUACCGUGCCCUGUGCACCAUUGAAAUCGGUCCGGUGGCCAGUCACAAAAACUAUGGCGAGCGGUAUCGGCAAACACAAGAUGCUGACUGUCGGACCGACAGAACCAUGGUCGGUUAGAGAGAAGCUGUGUCUGGCAUCGUCGGUUAUGAGGAGCGGAGACCAAAACUGGGUAUCUGUAAGCAGAGCCAUCAAGCCUUUUGCAGAAUCUGGGCGUCCACCUGAUUGGUUUUCUCAAAAGCACUGUGCCUCACAGUAUUCGGAACUGCUUGAAGCCACAGAAGCACCAAAGCGGAAGCGUGGAGAGAAGGGUGAGGUGGUGGAGACCAUUGAAGACGUCAUCGUUCGUAGGCUAACUACAGAGAGGAUAGAAGAGCUGAAAAAACUACUGCGAGACACACAGGAGCAGUACAGGAAACUGAAGAAAGAAAUGGAGCUGAUACAUGCAGGUCACAUGGACUCCCAGCUGAAGGAGCUGUGGUCGGACAUCACGCUAAAGAAGAAACAGGAUGAAGAGGAAGCUGAGCAGAAGAGGAAAGCCACAGAAAUGGCUUAUCAAGCCCGUCAGGCAGUUAAAAACACCCCCAAACGUCUGCCCAGUGUCACUGUCCGCUCUCCGCUGGGGGCCAGCCCCUCAGCUAUGGACUCUCAGAGUGAUUCUUCGCUGUCCACACCGUCCAUGGAGACGGGAGGCAUCCCCUCCGAUGACACCAACACCCGCUCCGUUGCUCAGGGUAUCGGGGUUUUCCUGCCAGCAGCGGACCCCCCAGGGUCUGGGCCCAAAGACGGAGGCCUUGCUGCUCUCGUCGAUGACUCUCCACAGAAAAGACUCCUGACCCAGAAAGCCACCCCGCCGCCUUCACCUCUGUUAUCAGAGCUGCUGAAAAAGGGAAACCUGAUCUCCGCCAGCCCCCGCCUGGUGGCAGAAGGAGACUCCACUGGAAGUUUAGCCAACGGCGUGCAGGCGGCCACAGCAAGCCCCGCCCUAGCUCCAGGUCAUCAGGUCCUCACAGAAGGAGAAGCCGACGCUGCAGGGAAGGAGGAUCUGACCGAGGAGACGGGGUUGGUGGAAGAAGACCUUGUAGCCGUGUCCUACAUGGGGGAUGAGCUGGACCUGGAGACUGUUGGAGACAUCAUCGCAAUCAUAGAGGAGAAGGUGGACGACUCUGUGGAGGCUUUAGAUGCAGCGGCUGUAGAAGCCGCUCUUUCGCUCUGUGAAGAAGCUGUUUCGGAGGGUCACUCCCUCCCCGGGCCCUGGGAGACCCAAGAACUGAAGCCCUCUGAACCCCAGCUCGCAGUCCAGGACGCCGUCUCCGCGCAGGAGCCCCAGGACCCGGUCUCCAUGACGGCCCCCUCCCCUGGGGGGGAGGAGACGCACGGUCAGCCCGACGUAAAAAAAGAGGAACCGUUCACGGGAAACGGCGAGGGGUCGGAGGUCACUGGAGUGGCCGUCGUCUCUGACGGCGGAGCUGCAGGAAGUGAGGUCACAGAGGAAGCCGCGGCGGUGAAAGAGGCCACGGAGGCAGCGGUGAAGAGUGAUGGAGAGGACUGGAGCCAGCCUGAACCCAACCCACCCUGUUUAGACUCUGAGGACAGCUGUGUGUCGGGGAAAGAGUCUAAGGAAGUCAAGGAGGAGGAGGACGCAGGGAGUGAGGGAGACCCGGAGGAAGAGAUGGAGAUGAAGGAAGACUGCGGAGAAGGGGAGGGUCCGUACCUGUCUGAGGUGGAGCCCGCAGCCAGCGAGAGCGAGGACGGCUAUGGGCCGCCCUCUCAGCGCUACACCGCCGAUUCUCUGGCCAGCAGCCCCGCCUCGUCCUCCCAGCUAUCCACGUGUGGAGAGGACCAGGAGGCCGUGCAGGCGCAGAAGAUCUGGAAGAAGGCCAUCAUGCUGGUGUGGAGAGCUGCAGCCAAUCACAGGUAUGCCAGCGUCUUCCUACAGCCUGUGUCUGAUGACAUCGCCCCAGGUUAUCACAGCAUUGUGCACAGACCGAUGGACCUGUCGGCCAUAAAGAAGAACAUCGAGUCCGGGGUGAUCCGGACCACGGCCGAGUUCCAGCGCGACAUCAUGCUCAUGUUUCAAAACGCCAUCAUGUACAACUCCUCGGACCACGACGUGUACCACAUGGCGCUGGAGAUGCAGCGCGAUGUCCUGGAGCACGUCCAGCAGUUCCUGGCCACGCAGCUCAUCAUGCAAACGUCGGAGAGCGCCAUCUCCGCCAAGAGCCUCCGCGGCAGGGAGGGAAACCGAAAACCCGGAGAGCCGGCCGAGAAGGACAGUGUCCCAAUGGCCUCUCCUGCUUUCCUUCUUUCUCUCUUUGAUGGAGGCACCAGGGGGCGCCGAAGCGCCAUGGAGGCAGACCUCAAAAUGAAGAAAUAGUGUCUUUGUUGUAGGAUGUUUUCAGCAGACCUGGGUGCGGUCUGGCUGCACCUGGAUUCAGGCGCAGGUGGAUGCAGUUUUUCUUUAAACCUUCGGGACAGAUCCAGCACCACCUGUUCCAAAAGUCUCUGGAGAAAAGAGGAAGUAUGGUCUGGAUCAAAGGAAAGCUGACAGUUUAAAUUCGAAAGAACGAGGCUUUGAAAACGCCAGCCGACCAUUUCUCCAGUGAAAGACUUGGAGAUCUUUUCCCUCAGUUGUGGAGCUUAGGAAACAUGUUAGCAAUAGUCGACCGUUUGUUACCCUCACACCUGUUUGGAGAACUCCACAUGUACAUUUUGUUAAAUAAAAUCUGAUCUUACAGAA